GGUGUGCAAGAACAGUCUGUGCUUGACCACGCGGUCGUAUGGUUAUAAGUUACUGCUAUUUGUACGAUGGUUUGUCUGUGUAUGGUUACAUUUCUAGUCCUAUUGAACGGGCCAUUUGGGACUAGCCAAUCAGUCGCACCCACUUUUCAAAUAUCUACUAAAGAUCUGUUUAACACUGAAAGUGCUAAUUUUACUGAAUUAUCAUCUCCAAAAUGUAAGUACAAAGGACGAAAAUAUGAACAAGGAUCUAUAGUAAAUACAGAUCAACCAUGCUUAAAAUGUACUUGUAACAUAGGAAAUUUAGUAUGUCAUCUUCAAGUGUGUCCAGAAUUACCUGACCCACCACCACAAGGAUGCGUGAUUGUUCACAAAAAGAAUAAAUGUUGUGCACAUUUACAAUGCUUUUACGACAUUUUUGGACACAUUAAUUCGAAAUUAUUCAAAAUUGAAUCUCGAACUGGACCAGCAAGGAUGGAAAAUUCUGAAAUUAUGAUGGUUGAUGAAAGUUUAUCUAGAGGAUGUACGAUAAACGGUACAAUUUACGCUGAAGGCUCAGCUAUGGACAGCUCAAGUAUUUGCGAGUAUUGUUAUUGUUUCAAAGGACAACAACACUGUGUUAGUCCUCGAUGUUCUUUAGUCGUGCCGGGCUGUACAGCUAUUUAUAACAAGCAUACAUGUUGUCCAGUUAGAUAUAAUUGUCCGUACCUACAUACUGAAUUAACGGAAAAUAAUAUCACAAAUAUUACAUUUGAAACUUAUAUUCCUUCAUCGUUAUCAUCAAGAAUAAAAGAUUGUCACAUAAACGGUAGACUAAUUUCUCUGGGAGAGCCCGUAAUUGGCGUGGCUAGGUCUUCUUGCGAAACUUGUUUUUGCAUCAACGGUCAAGUGCGAUGUGACAAGGUAAUUUGUCCGCCGAUCCGCACCCAAAUAUCGCCUAACUGUGGACCGGUCUAUACGGAAGGACACUGUUGCCCGACCAGCUACAACUGCACUGGCAACAAUAAGAACGAUUCCAAUAUCAAUAUAAAAAUCGUUUCAUCACCUCCAAGCAGUACACCUAUCGAUUACUUGUCCAACAGCUCAUCAACUUUAACACAUCCAAAAUCUCCGCUAUUGCAACACACAACUAGUUCAUCAGUGUUAGAUGCUAUAGGAAUUCAAACUACAAAUAUUCCCAAUUUUGAACAGGUCAAUGUAACAGAAUUCGCUUUGCCAUCAUUAUAUUCACCAGAAUCGAGAAACGGCGACGAUAAUCCUAUGAAUGAUUUUAAUAUUACACAAAAGUCAGGCAAUGUGGAAUCUGAUUACGACGAAGCUGGGUUACCACCAUCCUUACCCAAUCUCAAGAUAAUACCAUUUGUCGCAGCAGAUGCUGUUGUGGACAAUCCUAUUGUAACGACAGCAACAAUCAUUGAACCAAUUAAACGUAUAGUACACAAUGUAUCAGAUACUGAUGAUUCGUUUUCGUUAGAUGUCAUCAAUUUUUCUCCACCAAUGGAGACUGAAGGAGGUUUUAUUCCAAAAGAAUCUUUACAUAGUGGGGAAUACGUGCAUAACAAACAACCCAUAAUCAACAUUUCUACUUCUAAAGCGGAAUUAUUAAUUAAAACAACAACAAUUCAACCAGAAGAAGCUAAUAAGAACAUUGCAUUAGAAUCAGAUUGGUGUUUAUCAAAUGGUAAAAAGCAUAAACAUGGUGAAUUGUUAACUGAUCCUAGUGCUUGCAAUAUAUGUGUCUGUUUUGAAGGAAAAAUAGUUUGCCAAGAAAACUGUCCAGCUGUAAAAAUUGGCUGCCAACGAAUUAGCGAUCCCAAAAACAAUACUUGCUGUGGUCGAAUAAUAUGCAAUAAUUAUGAAAACAAUGUAACUACCGAACGUCAUAUUGAGCAAAUAAAGAUGUCGGAAACUACACCCCAACUUAAUUUAUUUACUUUAAUUAAAAAUCCUGUCAUAGAACACAUAAUUCUAACUGAAUCUGCAACUGAUUCUAGUAUUAAGCGUACUCUAAGCACAACCCCUAAAAUUUCUACUAUUUCCAAAUUAAUUACUCAUAAGCCCACAACCACGACAGUAAAACGAAUUACAACUUCAUUGCCAUUUACUGAGAAUCCUUCAAAUAUAUAUACUACAAAUGCUGUCAAGUUCACUACACCAUUAAUGUAUACGAAAAUUACAACUACAGAAAAAUCGAUGGAGGAUGAGGAUUACAGUUUUGAAAGUAUGUUUUCGUUCCUUUUUAGCAAUGAAAAUACAAAACCGCCCAUUGCAUCACCAACAAAAGAAACUUUAUUUUCAAGUGAAGAUUUCAGUAUAGAGAAGCGGACAGACGAGGACGUAGAUAAAACUAUUCAAUCUGCUGAUGUUAAAGUUCCAGUAAAUAAUAGUGUAAUAACAAAAAAUGACGUAGAGAAAAUUAAUGGUUCUUCAAUUUUAGAAUUUAACACUAGACUACCUCUUAAAAAUUCAGACGAUUCAAAUCACAUAAUAUCUCAGUCUAAAGUGGAAAAUGUUAAUAUUACAAAUUAUCACAAUGAUGUAGUUGAUAAUCGUAUUACAAAAUUCAGUGUUAAUAAGCUACAAUAUGAAUUAAAGCCACUCGCUGGAUUAAAUAAAACUACUGAAAAUAAAAUAAAUAUCGUUAAGAAAAAUGAAGGUAAACCAUUAUUAGAUGUAAAAUAUCAAUCUGUAGCAGAUUUUAAACCUUCUACUGGUUUAAAAUAUCCGGGAUUCAAUUCGCACCUUGAAAAUAAACAAAAUGUUGAACUUCAAAAAAAUUCAUACAAGUUUUCAUCAACUGUUAAAUCUCUUUUAGAUUAUAAAUUAAAACCCGACGAAAAACAAUUUUCUGACUUCAAACCUUCAGAGUUUAAUCCACACACAGAGUUAAAACCUUUAACUGUUAAACCAAUAAAAAAUAAAUUAAACUCGAAUAAUAACUCAGCAACUUCAUUGUUAAGGAUAUCUGGGUGUAAUAUUUAUGGAAAAAUGUAUAUGAUAGGUAAAAUAAUCACAGAACUAUCAGCAGCUUGUUCAGAAUGUUUAUGUACAGAUGUUGGCGUACAAUGUAGCCCAUUAAAAUGUUGAGCUACUUCAGUGACAAUUUCUAUGCACUUUUAAAAUUAAUUACAUUAUUAUCGUAAAAUUAAUUAAUUAAAUUAAUUUUUACCAAUUUUACCAUUCUUUAAGUUAAAUUAGCAAAUUUUAGCAAUAGAAAAGUAAAAAUUUUCUUUUGCUAAUAUUUUUUUUAUUUUUAAUUUAUUUUUGUCUGAUGUGUUAUGUUAAUUUAUAAUGAAAUGUUAAAGGAUAUGGAUAUUUAAUAUUUUUAAUUUUGUCAGACAUGCAUGAUCUCUCAUACUUUGAAAAUCUUACGUGACUUAAACUAAAUACGUAAGUGGUUAAUUUUUAUACUUUGUUUUUAAUUUUAACAAAUAUAAAUGAUUCUAAUAUAAAAAA